GACACGACGUGGGAUCAGCCCAAUCCUAGUCGAGCAUGGCUAGAAAUAGGAUGUUUGAUAUAUGACCCGACAAGCCGCCACUGCCUGUCCCGUGGUAAACCUCUGAUUCUUCGUUGUCUUUUGACGUCCGGGUUUCUGUUUAGGACUUUAGCUUUUUCCUCUUACAGACCGAGGACUCGAUCCGACGUCGUUACGCUCUUUUGGACACGCAUCGCUCUUUAAUCGCAUCUCAGCACGUUUUGGCUUCCUUUCGUCUGUCAUUGUUUUCGAAAAGUGCAUAGCAUUACUUCGACCAUGGCAAACUUCAGCAAGCCCCAGAACAUGACCACCAUGUUGUUCGCCUUGUUCGCUUUCCUUCAGUUCACAGUCGCCCUCCAGCACGGAGCCCACCACCAACACCACGCUCGUCAUUCGCAAGACGCCAUCCUCAAGAGGCAGAUUGAUGAGAUCGCUGACAGCCUGGUUGCCCGUCAGUCGAGUGGAUACACCGCCAUCACCGGUGUCUGCAGCACAAGCACCGGCAGCGAUGGCACCUGUAACAGCAACGGCCGUGUCUCUGCUCCUCGUCUCGAGAUCCGCCAGUUGAAGCAGAACGCCGACCAAUGGAACCUGUACUUGCUGGGAAUGGAGAGAUUCAUGGCAAAGGACAAGAACGACAGGCUUUCGUACUACCAGGUUGUUGGUGUCCACGGCCGUCCUUUUGUCACCUGGAACAACUUCCCCACUCCUUUGCUCAACCAGGCUGGUUUCUGCCCUCACGCGCAGACUCUUUUCGGUUCCUGGCACAGGCCGUACCUGGCUAUCUUCGAGCAAGCCUUGUACCAGAGUGUUCAGGAGGUCAUCGACACGUUUCCCGAGGGCCAGCGGAGCCGAUGGCAGCAAGCUGCGGCGACCCUGCGCAUGCCCUACUGGGACUGGGCGCAGGAUGGUGGCAGUGCUACCGUUCCUACCUUGAUCCGUGACCAGACCGUAACUGUCACCAAGCCUUCUGGAACCGUUACCAUCGCCAACCCUCUCUACUCGUACAGCUGGGGCAGCUCUCUCCCAUCUGAGAUAGGUGGUGGCCCAUGGAACAACUGGCCCAACACACUCCGUCGCCCCGUUGCCAACCCUACCCGCAGCAACAACAACGAGAUGAAUGCCCGCUUCAACGCUAUGCGCGUUUCUCUCCGUGACCGUGUCUUUGCUCUCUUCUCCAGCAAGCAGUCCUGGGGUGCCGCCUCCACUUCCCAGAUUGGUGUCCGCACUGAUCUGAGCGGCAGCGGUGUUGACAGCUUCGAGUCUGUCCACGAUGCCAUCCACAACACUGCUGGCGGUGAGACUGGUGGCCACAUGUACUACCUCGACAUCUCUUCCUUCGACCCCAUCUUCUGGCUCCACCACACCAACGUCGACCGUCUGCUUGCCAUGUACCAGCUCAUCGUCCCCAACACCUACGUUGCCAACGGCAACAUCAACCGUGGUAUGGCUCAGUGGCAGCAGGGUGAGGCAAAGAACAGCUACACUCCUCUCAAGCCAUUCACCAAGAACACCAAGGGUGACUACUUCACCUCCCAGGACAUUAGGGAGACCCGUGUUCUCGGAUACCACUACCCCGAGACCAGCGAUCGCACCUACUCUCAGGUUGCUCGCGCUGUUACCAGCCUUUACGGUGCUGGCCAGCGCACUCUCAGCAGGCGUGCCGAUAACGAGACCUCGUACGAGACCGGCCAGUACCAGGGUCGUCCUCUCAAGGAGGGUGACUACCACCACGUUCUUUCCAUUGUCGCUGACAAGUUCGCUAUGGACGGCUCCUACACUGUCCACUGCUUCAUCGGCAAGCCUGGCUCCAACUCCACCUCCAACUCGACUGCCCCGUACUCGAACUCAACCGCGCCCUACCCGAUUUCCAACUCGACUGCUCCCUACACCAACGGCACCAGCUCCGAGGCCGACUACGACCCAUCGACCGACUACACCCAAGACCCCAACUACGUCGGUGCCUACGGUAUCCUCGGUGGCAUGAAGGCUGGCGGCGGCAACGCCACCUACCCCAUCAUGACCGAAGGCGCUCUUCCUCUCACCACCUGCCUCCAGGGCAAGGAGGCCGACGGAUCCCUCAAGUCUCUCCACCCAGACGAUGUCGAGCCCUACCUCGCCGAGAACCUCUACUACAAGGUCGUUGGCCUCAACGGCGAGCUCAACCCCGACGACAUCCCCAACUUCCACGUCUACGCCAAGUGCACCAAGGUCACCCCUGCCGCUUCCGACGACGAGCUCCCCGACCUCAGCGCCCCAUACCAGACUCUCCCCAAGGCAACCGAGAACAAGCCCGCCGGCAAGCCGUUCACAUACACCCCCAGCCCCAUCGAUAUUCCCCUGCCUGACGGCCCGGAGUAUGAGGAGGGUCCUUCUGCCGGCCAGCCUAGCACGCCUUACCCCAGCUCUGGCGUCUUCCCGUACCCUACACUGCCGUGGGAGGAGCAGGGCUACUGUGUUACGAAGCAGACGAUUGAGUAUGUUGACCAGGAUGGCAACUUCUUGUAUGCUGAGAUGUAAGGUGGAUGUGUGAAUAGAGCGAAUAAAAGAGAGAGAGAGUGUGUGUGUGUUUGUGGAUAGAGGGGAUGAUAUUCGAAAUGUGUAUAUUUUUUCUUUGCAUAAUACCUUCCAAUGCACAUUGACAUGAGGAUGUUU